AUUUUAAAUAAUUUCCAGAUAUUUGACAGUCAAAUGCCAUCAAACAAAACACUUUCCUCUCAAAAAUGCUCUUCUUUGCCAACUAAGGAAGCUCCAACAGUUGUACGAACAUCCGGUCCUUUUGCUACUAUUUACCUUCGAAUAGAUGGGCAACAACAACAAUUUUUUAAUAAAAAAUGUGGAACUUCCUGCACAUCUAUUGGUUUCACUAUUGUUUACAAAACAAUUGAAUUGCCAACUGGUUGUGGAGGCAAAAUACAAGCAGAAGAAUCUUCCUCAUUACUUCAAUCACCCAAUUAUCCACAUAUUUAUUUUCCUAAUUUGGAUUGUCUUUGGAUUAUACAACCAAAAAUUAUAUCAAAUAAUAAUACAGAGGAUAAUGAUGAAAAUAAUAAAUUAAUAAAUAAUAAUGAGGGGAAUGAUGGGGAUCCUUAUUUGGUAGAUCAAAAAGUGGAGAUUUUCUUUAAACAUUUUGAUGUGCCUACAACUGUUACUCAGUAUUCAAAUCCCCUCCUUCGCCAUGUAACAAUAAAUUCUUGUGUUGGAGAUUCUCUACAAAUAGUUGAGAAAGAAUUAACUUAUUGCAAUAUGCAAAAACCUUCACUCAAUUUGCCUAUUGUAGCUCCUUAUCUUUCUUUAAAAUUCCACUCUGAUUCUUCAAUUGGUGGAUCUGGAUUUUCUAUACGUUAUCGUUCUGUUUGUCAAAAAGAUUUUACUUUACCAAACGGCACAAUAUCUCCACCAAACUAUCCCGGCCCAUCAUCCCAACCCUUUAAAUGUACUUACAGAAUUAUUGCAAAGCCAAGUCAGGCUAUUCGUUUACGUUUUGACAAAAUUGGAUUUACUACAAGUUUUGGUUCUUGUUUCUACAAUUCUCGUCAAAAUAACCCACAAAUUCAAGAUUAUGUUGAACUUUCUGGAGGCCAUUCAUCUAAUGAAGUGGCGAAUAAACGUUAUAUUUGUCCUCGUUACCCUUUUGUGGCGCCAGGAGGAGAAAUUGUGACUAGUGGAAUAAGACCUUUCUCUAUUACAUAUAGUACAAGUGGUUCUCCAACAAAUAAGGGUUUCCUCUUCUAUUAUGAAACAUUUAACGUUGGUUGUGGUGGUGUUUUUACAAUAAAUGAAAACGGAGAACAAAAAAUAACAAUAACUAGUCCAAACUAUCCAGAACCUUAUAUUCCAUUUAUGUAUUGUGUUUAUUUCCUUCGAGUACCAAUUGGAAAAGCUGUCCGACUUAGUUUUGAUGUUUUUGAUAUAGAAAAUGUUGCCCAUAGGGAUGAUUGCGAUUUUGAUAAUGUUAGGGUUUUUGAUACUUAUACUGAUGAUAAUGAAUAUGGACAGUUACUUGGAAAAUUCUGUGGAAAAUCCUUACCACCUCCAUUAAUUUCCAAUUCUGGGCAAAUGGCUGUUGUCUUCAUUAGUGAUCGUUCUGUGAGCGGUUCUGGUUUCUCAGCAAAAUUCCAAGCAAUUGAUUUGACUUCACAUUGUGACAGAACAUUUACAGAAUCCUCGGGGGAAUUUGUUUUUGAUUUUAGAAAUUUUGAGCAAAAUGAAUAUUGCAAUUAUAAAAUUCAAAUUUCUUCAAAUCGCCGUAUUCUUUUAAAUAUUUUAAAUAUUUCUUCUCCUUGUGAUUAUGGAACUUUAAUGGUUCGAAAUGGCCCUUCAGAAUCCUCUCCAGGAUUUGCUGGACUUUAUGGAGAUUCUGAAAUUUGCAAUGAGAAUCCAAUAAAGCAAUUAAUCUCUCAAGGAAAUCGCCUUUUCCUUCGUUUUCGUUCAAUAACUAAUAAAGCAAUUCGGUUUGAAGUAAAAUAUGAGCAAUAUGAAGCUGGCUGUGGUGGUCACAUAACAGGAUUUAGUGGAGCUAUUUCAACACCCCAAUAUCCCUAUAAAGAUUCUCAUUCACUCCGUUGUGAAUGGUUGUUAGCUGUACCCUCAGGAAAUAAAAUUCAAUUCCAAAUAAUUAAAUUAGACAAUCUAGACUCUGAAGAUUCUGACGGGAAUUGUUCCCCUUUUAGUCGAAAUUUAUUGGAACUUUAUGAUAUAAAAUAUGGAGGGGAAAAUAGUAAAAAUGAACAUUUAAUUGAGCGUUAUUGUAAACAAGAAACAACAAAUCCAUUACCGAUAAUCUCUUCUAGUAAUUCUUUAAAUGUUAAAUUCUCCCAACAUGGGGGUUCUCAUCAUUCGCCCAUUUUUGGAUUUUUAGCUGAAUUUUCUACUGUUUGUACUGAUAUUGUGUUGGAAGGAUUACAUGGAACAUUACAAUCACCUGGAUAUCCACAACGAGUACUCCUACCUAGAAAUUGCAAAUGGAAAAUCCAAACUCCUUCUGGCAGUCGAAUCCAAUUGCAAUUCCACUUAUUUAGAAUUACAGACACUGGAAAUAAUUUGGUGAAAUUUAUGAGAACUAGUCCAGCCUUUUGUGCUAAGAAUUAUUUGAAGGUUUUAUUAAUUAUUUUUAAUAAUUAUCAAAUAAAAAAUCAGAUAUUUUCAAAUGAAAUUAAACAAAUUAUUUGGAUAAAAAAUGGAAAAACAAUGAAAAGUAACGAUUCGACAAAAAUUCCCGAAAGUUUAUGUCUUGGAAUUGCUGAACCAAUGGAAAUUAUUUCAAAACAAAAUAAAUUAAAUUUAGAAUUUUAUUCGAGAAAUGAACCAGAAAAUCAUUUUUGGCUUAGUUGGAAUACUAUUGGUUGUGGUGGUGUUAUUACACAAAAUAAUUCUCGAUUAAUAGCCAAUGCUUCAGAAGGGGCUGAUUUCGUGGGGGAGGAUCCUUAUCGAAAAUGUAUUUGGUAUAUUAAGCCACCAAUUGGCUAUAGCAUUCAAGUAAUGAUUGAAAGGAUGCAGACAGAGCCAGUACCUGCUGGACAAAAAUGUUUUGAAGUUCAGCCGGCUGGCUUUACCGGUGGUGAAAAGACUCGUUUGAGGGAUGGUGUUCAGUUUUACGCUGUUGACAGUCAAUUUGCUUUUGAAAGGUUAUCUGGAGGAAAUGAAGAAGAUUUGCCUUUAAAAGCAUUUUGUGGAAAAUUAAAAAAUGUUAGCUUUAAUUGGGGAGGAAAUUCAGCUUCUGCUGGAGGGUUAGCAAUUGUAUUUAGUUAUCAUACAGACACAACAGAAUUAUUAACUGAUACAUUAAUUGGGGCUGCAAUUUUUGGUGAUGGAACAUUUGCUCCAGUCGAUGAUCAAAUUGUUUUUUCUGCAAAAAUUAAUUUUUGGCCUAUUUCCACAGAAGGAAAUGGAGGAGUUAUUUUUGUUGAUCCACAUUCUGAUUCAUUUAUUCAAUCACCAAACUAUCCAAAGCCUUAUCCAAGAAGCAUUGAGGCAAAAAAUAAAUUUAAAAGAAUUAUUUAA